AUGGGAAAGGCAAGCAGGUGGAUGAUAAACUUCUUGCUAGGAAAAAGGGAGGAGAAAGGCAAGAAGAAGGAUAUUUCUUUCCACGCAGAGAGAGAUACAACACCGACUGCAAUUGUACCUUCAACUCCAACUUAUAAGAGAAGAUGGAGCUUUGGAAAAUCUGCAAAGAAAGAGAGAGUUUGCAAGGGUCGUAGAUCGCUUGACUCGAUCAUCACCGCCCCAUACUCAGCAAAUAGAUCAUCAUUUGCAUUGCCUACCACUGAAGCUAUUAAAAUAAUUGUCACACCAACACAUGGAUCAUAUAGAAUAAGAAAGGCGGUUAAAGAUGCGGCAGCCACCAGGAUUCAAGCUGUCUUUCGGUCUUACCUGGCCAGGAAAGCUUUGUGCGCCUUAAAGGGAUUAGUCAAGUUACAAGCACUAGUAAGGGGUCACCAGGUGAGGAAACAAACAACUGCUACCCUUCGGCGAAUGCAUACUCUUAUGACAAUACAAGCGAGAGCUCGUUGUCAUAGGGUUCAGAUGGCUGGGGAAUCGCAACUUGCCGUGAAAAGCAAAUCAUCAAGACAUACAGAGGCAUUUGGUAUUAAUCUUCAUGAAGUUCGAGGAGUUGCAAAGAACACAAGUGGCUACAUGAAUUAUCCAUUAAUAGACAGAGUACAGAGAGAGAUUCCCAGAUUCUACUCUGGGGAACAACAUGUCUCUAGGCGCGAACAUCAAUACAAAGAGUUUUCCUUCACAGCACAGAACAGUCCCACAAUCAGUUCUCCACCCUCCAAAACAACCCCAGGAAGAUCUUCCUUCACUUACGAACGGCCAGACUAUGUAGACACUCUAUCUAAUCAAUUUCAAUUCCAACCAAACUACAUGGCCGACACAGAAUCUUCCAAGGCUAAAGUCCGGUCACAGAGUGAACCAAAACAGCGACCUAAAGAAAGCCCCAGAGAUAAAAACAAGCAAACAAUGAAUGGACUGAAUGCCCACCAAGAUGCUAGGUCACAAUGCUCAUCUUCACAUUCAAAACACAUGGCUCAUGAAAACCAAGACCCAUGGUUUAUAAAACUCUAUAGACCAACAAAGUCAAAGGACAGUGACUAUGAUGCCAACAUCACAACUAGCACUCAAUAUUCCAACUACAGCAAAGUUCUUGUCACAUAUGAGGUGAGUUAG